AUGUCCACCGAUCCCAAGUUCGACGACCUCCACAAAGGUCUAUUUGAAGAAGGCCUCAAAGUCCGUCGCGCCGUCGUCGGCGAAGCCUACGUUGACAAGGCUCUAGAGAACGGCUCAACUGAAUUCUCCCGAGCUGGCCAAGAACACAUUACUGAAUGGGCCUGGGGAACCGUUUGGACAAGGCCGGGCCUUGAACGAAGAGAUCGCAGUCUUCUCAAUAUCGGCAUGCUGAUGGCUCUCAACCGUGGACCUGAGCUGGCUGUUCAUAUUCGGGGAGCUCGCAAUAACGGUCUGAGUGAGCUCGAGAUCCGUGAGGCUAUUAUACAUGCUACUGUCUAUUGUGGUGCUCCGGCUGGGGUCGAUGCUAUGAAAAUUGCUGAGCGGGUGUUGAAUGAGAUGGCGGAGAACGGGGAAAUGCCGCGUCAACUAGGAGCUAAAGUGAAGAACUGA